CGUUGCCGUUUAGGCCUUUACGGAACUUCCUAGUUCCUAUACAAAGUCUUACUGCGAAUCCAAUCUAUCAAAAAAGAAAGAGCUGAUGGAAUCUUCAGAAACUGGAAAAUGGAAGCACUCUUUCCUCUACUUGGUCUCCAUAUCUUUAUUACUGCACCUUCUUCACGACCUCAUACCGCACAGAUUACUACUGGGCAACGACAUCGUUCGAGUCAAGAAAAAUCCAGAUCUUCCCCUCCGGUUCCGCUACGACGGUACCUUCAAAAUCCUCCAGGUGGCAGAUAUGCAUUAUGGCAAUGGAAUGAUAACUCGAUGCCGAGACGUGUUGGAGUCUGAGUUCCAGUAUUGCUCCGAUCUCAACACGACUAGAUUUCUCAAAAGAAUGCUCGAGGUCGAAAAGCCUGAUUUCAUUGCCUUUACAGGAGACAACAUAUUUGGGCCAAGCAGUACCGAUGCUGCCGAAUCCCUAUUUAAAGCCUUUGGUCCUGCCAUGGAAUCCGGACUUCCAUGGGCAGCAGUUUUAGGAAACCAUGACCAGGAAUCUACAAUGAAUCGUGAGGAAUUGAUGUCUUUCAUCUCCCUCAUGGAUUAUUCUGUUUCACAAGUCAAUCCAUCAGCUGAAGAUCUCUCUAGUCCUGUUAAAGAUGGCAUGGUGACAAACAUUGAUGGGUUUGGAAAUUAUAAUCUGAGAGUAUAUGGUGCCCCAGGUUCGCAUCUGGCAAACAACAGCAUCCUUGAUCUUUUCUUUCUUGACAGUGGAGACAGGGAAGUUAUUCAAGGAGUUCGAACUUAUGGAUGGAUUAAGGAAUCCCAACUUAGUUGGCUUCGUAGCAUUUCUCAUGAAUCCCAGGGCCAAAAGCAGAAUAGUGAUCAAUCUGCAGAUGCUUUUCCCACAGCUACAUCCCCAGCACUGGCAUUUUUCCACAUCCCAAUUCCAGAAAUUCGGCAGCUGUACUACAACAAGAUUGUAGGCCAAUUUCAGGACGCUGUGGCUUGCUCGUCAGUGAAUUCGGGAGUCUUACAGACCCUUAUCUCCAUUGGAGAUGUGCAGGCUGUCUUCAUGGGCCAUGAUCAUAAGAAUGAUUUUUGUGGGAAUCUAGAUGGUAUUUGGUUUUGUUAUGGUGGAGGAUUUGGAUACCAUGGUUAUGGGAAGGCUGGGUGGCCAAGGAGAGCAAGGGUCAUAUUGGCUGAGCUUGGGAAGGGAGACAAGUCCUGGAUGGGAGUGAAAAGGAUCAAGACAUGGAAGCGUCUUGAUGAUGAGAAGCUGAGCAAGAUUGAUGAGCAAGUCCUGUGGGUCCACCAGCCAUCGUGAUGACUCCAACAGGUACUGGAAUGUUGUAAUGGCAUCCCAAAAUGUUGUAUAUCCGGUGUUGUAAAAAUUAUUUUGACCAGAAAACUCCCUGUGCCACUAUACCAUAUUCUUUAAGCAAUUUAAGAUAAAAAUUAAAUCA